CUUUGUCCAGCUGGGAUUGUAGUUUCUCUUGUUUUGUCCCACUUUCUAAUUCGUCUUGCUGCUUAAACAGAAAAUGGUGGCUUCUACUUUAAAAAGACCCCUUUCUGACGACACCGUCGAUAAAGAAUCCAAAAAGUCCAUGACCGAAAAACCAAACGAUGCCAUGGACGCCGAUCUUCCUCGCGAUCAACGUCAGGAACGCGUCUUUGCGAAUAUGCGCUUAAGGCGAAUUGUCAAAGAAAAUCACGGCAGCGAUAUUCGUCAGCUCUCCUUCUUUUUCAACAGCAAAAACUUUUCUGCACCCGUCGGCAUUGAUCACAAUAAAACCUUUGACAAACGUGGUGCCGUUCAGCGUGACCAGACCGAUACCAGUAACAUUCUAGCCACUGUGGGCGGAUGCCAGUUAAAUGUGUAUGAUAACGAACACUGUGGCGACCAUUUGGAUAUCAUGUCCAACUUUGAUCUUGCCGCCGUACCACAGGAAGAUGAGCAACUGCCGAAACGAAACUUGAAUACCUUUUGCUGGUUGUAUCGAGAAGGAGAUGCUUGGUUAGCAGCAGCAGGCGCCGAUGCUUCUAUCCAUAUCAUUAGUCUAGCGAAUUCCCAAGAAAUUGAUGUAUUACAUGGUCAUUCAAAAAUGAUUCACGACUUACAAUCCAACCCGCGAAAUGAUGAUCAUAUUCUAUCCACAUCCAAAGACGGUACCAUCCGACUAUGGGAUGUCAACACACGGCGAUGUCUCGUUAUUUUCGAAGCCGAUGCUACCGUGGCCUGUUUCCAUCCCUCUGGCACCAAAUUCAUCUCAGGUGGAGCCCGUGGUGAGCUUCGCGAAUGGACCAUUCCAGCACAUAUGGCCGCUCAGGACAUGGAUGAAGAGCCACUGACGGUUGAGAAACGACAUUCACGCCUCUUGAAGAAAAUGCAUGGCGAUAGCUAUAUUGAUUGUAUACGGUAUGCCAACGGCAAUGUCCUGACCAAAUCAAUCAAUGGACGCAUGGAAUAUUGGGAUGUUGAUAGUGAAAAGGUAACUCAAAGCUUACUCACAGUCACUUGCUUUAUUUCAUUACUUUAAGCCAAUAAUUUUUUAUUGUUGUUAGAGUAUUCGAUCUUUCCGGAUACGCACAGGAGAAAAUUUUUCUCGCUUUGAUGUGAGCUUGGAUGAAGGUUUCUUCUGCGUUGGCACAAGCAAUGGCAGCGUGUACAUAUACAAUUUGUUUACUGGAAAGAUGGUAUCUGAGCUGGCUCAUCGUCGAUCUACUAAAUCCGUGCGUUGUUGCGUAUUUUCCCGUGAUUGCCGUCAAGUCAUCUGCGCAGGUGAAGAUGGGUUUAUCUGGCGAUAUGAUUACAUCGAUGAUGCGACGUUGCAGGAAUGGGCCAAUUGGAAAAAGGCCGAAUAAGUCCACAAGUCAUUUUAUCUGCAUAGCUUUCAGUAUACUGUAAUAUAAAAGAGUCU